ACUACGUCUUUCCGGUUUCAGGUCCGCCUCCACAUUGGAACCCAAAAAAGUCGGAUCGAUCUGUCGGGAGUGAAGAUGCCUUUCAUUGAUCUGCAGAGUAACCUUCCCGCCUCCAACUUCUCUGACGAUUUCUUAAAGAAGUUGUGCGCGUGCAGUGCGGCUGCUCUGGAUAAACCGCAGGAGAGGGUAAACGUGGUGGUACACCCUGGACUGCCUAUGAUGAUAGCUGGUUCUUGCUCUCCGUGUGUGGUGCUGUCAGUGUCGGCGAUCUCGGUGACAGACACCGCUGAUAAGAACAAGGAGCACAGUGCCAAGAUCUUUGAGCUUCUGACCAAGGAACUUGGUCUGACUGACGACAGGAUUGUUAUCCAGUUCCAUGCGCUGCAACCUCACCAAGUUGGGAAGAACAGAACAGUCAUGAGCUUCUUAUGAAGAACACAUCAUCCACCAAUCCAUCAGCAUUGAUUACUAAAUAAAAUAAAUACUGUAUUUGUAAGUCCACUAAAUAAACCAGAAAAUGAAAUAACUUGACACUUUUUGUUUUUUAAUGUUUUUUUAUUGUUUAGAAAAACAAAAACUGUAAAAUACAACAUUCCUCUUCUGUUUUCUUUUUCUGCAGAGAUAAUUAACGUAUGUGAUUUGCAGUUAAUUCCUUCGUCAACAGGUGGCGGUGUUCUCAUGAGUUUACAGAAAUCCACCGUGACCAUCCGAAGAAGACAUGGAAGUCACAGUGGAGAAUCCUCAUGUAACCCAGCGUUGGUCCUUGGUAUUUUUAAAGUAUCUGAAGGCUUAUUCCUUGACCUUCAGACAGAUUUUGUACACAUGACAUUUAUUCCUCAUUUCUUAUCUAUGUAUUAAUUGAUCAAACACCACGUGAUCAAAUAAAAAUGACCAGAUCUGAAUCCAAACAGUAAAUUCUGAGGUUAAAAUGAUUGACAUUUUGAAAUGUUUGCUAGUUAGAUUAUGCAGAAUAUUCCAGCGUAAUAUCGUCUCGGCUGGUUUCACUGGACUUUCAGUGCAGAAAAUGAUAUUCCUGCUUUUGGUUAAUUUCCUGGAUAACUCAGUGACCAUGUUUAAAUCUCGUCUAAAAGAUAUUCAAAAAGUAUUGUUUGACUAAGCCAGGCUUCAAAUUAACAAUAAAAGAUUAAAAUGUUCUCUAGA